GAGCUGUAUGGUGACCAGGAGGAACUGCAGCACCGGCUGGCCAGGGAUGGGAUCAAGCUGGGGCCCAGCCCAACACAGGGACACACAUCACCUGAGGAACUGACCCUGAAACCAGGAAGAGCAGAGAUUGGCUUCAGGUAAUGGCCACUUCAGUGAGGACAUUCCCAGCUCCAACAUCUGAUUUCCAGCUGACAGCAAAUACCACCAGUGAGGAGAAUUGCGUCUUCAAUGAGGAGUUUAAAUUCAUCCUGCUGCCCAUGUCCUAUGGGUUUGUCUUUGUGGUGGGGCUGCUGCUCAAUUCUUGGGCCUUGUGGAUGUUCAUCUGUAAGAUGAGACCUUGGAACGCUACCACCACCUACAUGUUCAAUCUGGCCGUCUCAGACACUCUGUACGUGCUUUCUCUCCCCACCCUGGUCUAUUACUAUGCUGACCGCAACAACUGGCCCUUUGGGGAGGGACUCUGCAAGAUUGUGCGCUUUCUUUUCUAUGCCAACCUAUACUGUAGCAUACUCUUCCUCACCUGCAUCAGCGUGCACCGCUACGUGGGGAUCUGCCACCCCAUUCAGUCGCUUGGGUGGGUAAAGACCAAGCACGCCCGCCUCAUCUGCGUGGGUGUGUGGUUCGUUGUCACCAUCUGCCUCAUACCCAACCUGAUCUUUGUCACCAUCAGCACCAGAGGCAAUGACACCCUUUGCCAUGACACCACCAAGCCCGAAGAGUUUGACCACUACGUGCAUUACAGCUCCUCAAUCAUGGCCCUCCUCUUUGGCAUCCCCUUUCUGGUGAUCGUCGUGUGCUACAGCCUGAUGGCUAAGAGGCUUUGGAAACCCAGCCUAUCCAGCUCCAACCAGAACAUCUCUUUCUACAAGAAACGCUCUAUCAAGAUUAUCAUAAUUGUAAUCACAGUCUUUGCCAUCUGCUUCCUACCCUUCCACAUCACACGGACACUGUACUAUACUGCCCGGCUUUUCCAAGCCAACUGUAGGACCCUCAACAUCGUCAACUUUACCUACAAGAUCACACGGCCUCUGGCCAGCAUCAACAGCUGCAUAGACCCCAUCCUGUACUUCCUGGCUGGAGAUAAGUACAGGGGAAGGCUGCGUCGGGCUGCGCUCAAAAUGCCCAAAUUUGAGAACCCAUCUACUCUAGCCCUUGUCUCACAACUCAAGAAGAAUGCCAGCUACUCCAUAAAUGAUGCCUGAAAAAAGGGGGUGAAACUGAUAGACAAUGGAAGCAGCAAGGAGUAUUGAAAGAACUAGAGCCUAGGGAGCCAGUAUGCAUCUAGGCCAGAAUGUAGGACCAGCAUUAGGGAAGCCAGUAGAGUUGCUGGGUUAGUCUCACUCCAGAAUUGAGGUCUUCUCCAUCUCCUCCUAAUCUCUGUGAAUUAUUUCCCCACUGUGCUGUGUCUGCUUCUGACACAUUCUGGCACCAGGUUUAACCUCUGAAUGCUUUUGAACUAGGUUUACAUUCCCACUCUCAGAGCAUGCUCCGCCCCCUUAAACAGACUGAACAUCUCUCUCAGAGCCAGGGAUAUUCCCUGUCUUGUCAAAGCAUGGGAGGACUGCCCAGAGUAAUGCCAAUGGGAGUGCAGAGAGUAGAGACCCCUACGUCCCAUAAGGAAAUGGAGGAGGCCAGAGGAACUGUCUUAUGAAGAGCACAAGAGACCCACAGGUAGCAAAUUCCCUGCUUCAGACGCAAGUGGGGGAAGAGCAGUGGGAAGGGAGGGGACACGGUGACACUAGGUCAGAAGCCUAGGAACCUAGAAGCCCAGUGCCUGAGGCUGAGAGCAAAGAGAUGGAGGAUUUUACCAUAGGAAAGGAGCCAGCAAGUGACCACAGGCCACAAAACUGGCCUCUUGAGUCUUUUGGGAAAAGCCCAAGUAGGCUGGUUCAAGUAGCCUGGGGCCCUGGGCUGCUGACAAGGGAAGAUCACAGCGUAGUGUCUGCAGUACAAUGCGAGGGAGCUGAGGACUGAGCAUAGGGCAUGAUGUGUCUAAUGAUAUGCCACAUAGGGGAGAAGAAAGGAGCCUGUCUUCCCAGUCACAGAAACCCUAUACAGAGCUUCCUUCAAAGUGACCCAGAGAAAAUAGAGACCCCUGCUGAAAAAUAAAUAGAGACAAUGCUGACAAAGAAGAAUAUUUAGCACUUUAUAAACAGUAACUAAGUGACCUAAUGGGGUCAACCCUGGGUCAAAGCGCAGGGCUGGGAGAGGACAGCAGGGAGCUCCCGCAGCUAGGACUCAAGGCGCAGCAUAUGCUAUUGAAGACAAUACGAGGGUUAGACAGGAAAGGGGAGAAGAAACAACUGACCUGGAUUCCUGGGCCCAGUAGCCUGGCCUUUUGCUGGCCAUACUUUCAGCAGUAGGCUGUCUCAUGCCAGGAACCUUUCCUGACCAUGCUCAGACCACGCUAUGUCAUAGCCUGAGUCAGUAUCUGUACGGAGCAGUGGCUGCCAUGCCAGCUGUGAACUCCCUGCUGGCAGAAGGGUAUCUCCUGGAUUACUAACAUCACCUCAUUUGCCUUGCUUCCCUUUUGCUGCUCUAAGAUGGGGGGAACUGAGUCUGAAUCACAAGCAAAAGUAGCUGAGCUGCUGUUGAUGGAGCAGGCACCACGCCAGCAGGCAGCCAGGGCAGGCAAGGAAGCACUUUCAGGGCACUGGCUCUAGCAAUGCAGGAGACUGGGGCUGGCUCUGGCAGGAUGCAGGUGAUGGGAUAAGGAUGCACACAGAGUUAAAGCCUGCACAGUGGCAUGGAAUUGUGUGUGUAUUGUAGAUGCUGUUACACGUCUCUGUCCCUUUGUGUAUGGGAGAGCAUGACUCACCAUAUAACUAACAGAGAAGGCACCACAGCACCUUUGCUCCCACCUCUCCUAGCUCCAGGUGGCUGGAGGAUGGGCAAAGCCCCCAGGGCAAUGAAGCCCAUGAAAGCAACUAAUUGAUUCAUGAAUAAAAUGUUUUCCUGAGCAAU